AUACAAAAGACUCGGCCACCAGAUACGUUUCUCAUACCUGGUAACGCUCUGGUUUGAUCAGUUUCGAGUGUCAAAAAAAUCAAGUCUACAAUCACAAAAACCAAUCCACCAAGAACAAACCAAUCCACCAACAUGAGCAUCGAAUUGCAAGAAACUUUUGACAAGGCAGUCAAGUUUGCCAGUUCUCCCGAGUGUGGCAAGUUGGGGUUGUCCACUAACCAAAAGGGACACCUCUAUGCUUACUUUAAGCAAGCCAAUUUGGGAGAUUGCAAUGGAAGUCGUCCGGGAAUGUUCAACCUUGUCGCACGCGAAAAGUACGAUGCUUGGAAAACAUGCGAGGGAAUGGAAAAGGAAGAAGCUAUGAAGAAGUACAUUGCCAUCAUUGAAGGUGUCGCUCCCGAAUUCAAGUGAACUGGAAGCAGAGUAUUGACAACAACAAUCACCUGUUAAUUUCUGUGUCGUCCUCCCCGUUGCCGAAAGAAAGAUGUUAUGCAACUACUAGAAUAAACUAAAAACUAAACUGUAUGAAUCGCUAUGC